AGGCCUAGGGCGCGCAUGCGUGGGAGGCCGAGGGUGUGCGCGGGCAGUAGCGCUCUCACCUUACUGGCCUGUGUGUCUAAUGGGUUUCCUCCCAUGCGCCCGUUCAUUUGAAAGGGUUCUUUGGAGAGGGACAUGUUUGAAAGCAUCAUUUCCAGGACAGAACAAGGUUUUGGAGCCGGGACCAGUGGGCUUCCAUUCUGGAUCCGACCUGAAGUCGCUGAGCGCCCAUCGCAGGGCCUUGCCUGGCCACGCGACGGUACCCUGUCGCGCGAUGCCCUCCUGGCUUUGUGGCCUCUCAUGGGCCUACACUAAGAUAAUAUGUGUGAAAGCCCUAGAGAAGUGAAAAAACACUACUUAGUCAUCAAAUAUUAGCGUCACCGUGUCUCUGUGUGUGGGGACCAGUCUUUUCUGAAGAUGCUCGAGGUUGGUUGGAAGUGUACCCGCCUGCACGCUCCAAGUGCACCUCCCGGGGUGCGAAGAGGCCCGCCUCAGACUCCCUGAGGUGCGUAGGGAUCCGCUAUCCUAUACAUCUUCGCAACAAUCCUGGGAGGUACACGGAGGGUACCUCAAGGAGGGUAAGGCUUUUGCCCAAGGCCACACUGAGCCAAGCCAAGGGACAGGGAUUCGACCUUAGAUCCCCCACAUCGCUGCUUGACAUGGAGCUGUCUCUUCCCACUGUGACUCUCAACCGGCUGUAGCUUCUUCCUGAUGAGAAGAAGGGGUCUCAGCCCCCCUCGUGGGUGCAAUAAACAUUUGGCCAAUGAAUCCGCUAUGAGAUUAUGCGCUGUGUGCAGUGGCUGAAAGUCACGGGCCUGUUUGUCUUUGUGGUGCUGUGUUCUAUUUUGUUCAGCCUAUAUCCGGAUCAAGGAAAGCUCUGGCAGCUGUUGGCCUUAUCACCGCUGGAGAACUACUCCGUGAACCUUAGCAGCCACGUGGACUCCACGCUGCUGCAGGUGGACCUGGCAGGGGCCCUAGUGGCCAGCGGGCCGAGUCGUCCUGGGAGGGAAGAGCACAUCGUGGUGGAGCUGACCCAGGCUGACGCUUUGGGCUCCAGGUGGCGGCGGCCACAGCAGGUCACUCAUAACUGGACGGUGUAUUUAAAUCCGAGGAGAAGCGAGCACUCAGUGAUGAGCAGGACCUUUGAGGUACUGACCAGAGAGACGGUGUCCAUCAGCAUCCGGGCCUCCCUCCAGCAGACCCAGGCUGUCCCUCUUUUGAUGGCUCAUCAGUACCUCCGCGGAAGUGUAGAAGCCCAGGUGACCAUCGCGACGGCCAUCCUCACGGGCGUCUACGCGCUGAUCAUAUUUGAGAUCGUGCACAGAACUCUGGCGGCCAUGCUGGGUUCCCUUGCAGCACUGGCAGCACUGGCUGUGAUUGGCGAUAGACCCAGCCUGACCCAUGUGGUGGAGUGGAUUGAUUUUGAGACGCUGGCCCUGCUGUUUGGCAUGAUGAUCUUAGUAGCCAUAUUUUCAGAAACGGGAUUUUUCGAUUAUUGUGCUGUAAAGGCAUACCGGCUCUCCCGGGGACGGGUGUGGGCCAUGAUCAUCAUGCUCUGUCUCAUCGCGGCCGUCCUCUCUGCCUUCUUGGACAACGUCACCACCAUGCUCCUCUUCACGCCUGUGACCAUAAGGUUGUGUGAGGUGCUCAACCUUGAUCCAAGACAAGUCCUGAUUGCAGAAGUGAUCUUCACAAACAUUGGAGGAGCUGCCACUGCCAUCGGGGACCCUCCAAAUGUCAUUAUUGUUUCCAACCAAGAGCUGAGGAAGAUGGGCCUGGACUUUGCCGGAUUCACUGCACACAUGUUCAUUGGGAUUUGCCUUGUUCUCCUGGUCUGCUUUCCGCUCCUCAGACUCCUUUACUGGAACAGAAAGCUUUAUAACAAAGAACCCAGUGAGAUUGUUGAACUGAAGCACGAGAUUCAUGUCUGGCGCCUGACCGCUCAGCGCAUCAGCCCGGCCAGCCGCGAGGAGACAGCUGUGCGCCGCCUGCUGCUGGGGAAGGUGCUGGCACUGGAGCACCUGCUCGCCCAGAGGCUGCACACCUUCCACAGACAGAUCUCACAGGAGGACAAAAAUUGGGAGACCAACAUCCAAGAACUCCAAAAAAAGCAUAGGAUAUCCGACGGGAUUCUGCUUGCCAAAUGCCUGACAGUGUUGGGAUUUGCUAUCUUCAUGUUUUUCCUCAAUUCGUUUGUCCCUGGCAUUCAUCUUGAUCUUGGAUGGAUUGCUAUUCUGGGUGCCAUCUGGUUGCUAAUUUUAGCUGAUAUUCAUGAUUUUGAGAUAAUUCUACACAGAGUGGAAUGGGCAACCCUUCUGUUUUUUGCAGCGCUCUUUGUUCUGAUGGAGGCAUUGGCACAUCUCCACUUAAUAGAAUAUGUUGGAGAACAAACUGCUUUGCUAAUAAAGAUGGUCCCAGAGGAGCAGCGCCUCACAGCCGCCAUUGUCCUGGUGGUGUGGGUCUCAGCCCUGGCGUCGUCCCUGAUUGACAACAUCCCGUUCACUGCUACCAUGAUUCCCGUGCUCCUGAACCUGAGCCACGACCCUGAGGUUGGCCUGCCCGCACCGCCGCUCAUGUAUGCCCUGGCCUUCGGUGCCUGCCUGGGAGGUAACGGGACACUGAUUGGCGCGUCGGCAAACGUCGUGUGUGCAGGGAUUGCAGAACAGCAUGGAUAUGGGUUCUCCUUCAUGGAAUUUUUCAGGCUGGGCUUCCCAAUGAUGGUUGUGUCCUGCACUGUUGGGAUGUGUUAUCUCCUUGUGGCUCAUGUGGUGGUGGGAUGGAAUUAAUAGACAUCCAUCUAUUGCUCGAAGACUAAAAGAAACUUCAUCCAUCACAACCCGUCAGUCAUAAAACUACCCUGACCCCACUGUUUGAAGAAGAAAAGGUGCUUACCCUGGAGAUGCUACGGAGACACAGUGGAAUAGACCUUGACACUAACACUCUAAUUCAAGCGAAUGUUGGAACACCAUGACCUCCUCUGUGUGUCCUUUCUCCCCAAGGACAAAAUGUAGAAAGAUGCGAGAUAACUUACUCAAGAUUCCCCUCCAGAAAAAUACGUAUGUUUCAAAACCCUUCCUGCUAUACAUAGGAAAAGACACACAUCCACCUAAAAUUGACUGUACUGUUUAACUGUCAAUUCUCCUGAGGCUAAACACAGUUUGUUUUUCUUGUAAUCACUUUUCAUGUUAAAAUAAUCAGCAUUCAAAUUGUAUGCUUUCUGAAUAUAGACUUUCUGGGAAAAGGUUUACUGCUCGUAAGGAGACAUUUUAUGUAUUAAAAUAAACUGUUCCUUGAUAAAAGGCUUUGGAGUAGUUUACAUUAUGUAAAAUUGCAUUUUAUCCAUUUAUAUUUUUCUCUGCAGUUUUAAAGUUAUUAAUUAAAAGUCCAGAAAUUUGACUUGCAG